AUGACUUGCCAACUCGGUUCUCGCACUUCUGCUUGCUGCGGUGGACAGUCCAAAGAGAUCAAGCCCAUGGAUGCAUGUGCUCCCAAAACUCCCGGCCAAGGCCCAGGGAGCUGCUGUACCGGGACAACACAGAAACCACAGGAAGAGGCCAACGAACCUGAAUGCUGCAAAGAUAAGCCAUCUCCGUGCUGUGACAUCUCUUGCGUUGAUCGCAUCGCCCUGCGCGAGUGCGAUAAAAAACAAGUUCUAUCACCUAACAAUGCAUCUCCAAGUCUUCUGAGCUCGGGCUGUAAAAGCUCCGACGGCAACCCAUGCGACCAACACCGCCGUUCCGCGCGUGCCAAAUACGCAGCGACUCUCGAAGCCCUGGGCUGUAUAUGCCGGGCUUUGAUAGCCCUUGGGCAAGAAUCGUGCUGUGCACCGCCGAGAGGGCCUUCCCUUCGCAAUCAGCGUCGCUCGGCGGAAUCUUCCCGCGGUAUUCUGCAGCCUUCUCGUGAUUCCUGCUGCCAGGGGCGUGCUUUGGGUCCACGGAAACGCUGUAGCGCAAGUCCGGAGGGAAAGGGAGAGACAAAACCGAGCAGCUGUCACAGCGCCCCUAGGGUGUCUGCGGUUCCUAAACAGUGCUCUAGUGGCUGUUGCACUACACCUGAGACGUCCGCGCCCGUUGAUCAGCGCACUUCUCUUCAGGAUUGCGGUAAAUCAAAAAUCAGUCCGUCUUUGACCACCCGGCAAGGCUUGCCUUCUGGAAAGGAAGCUUCUGGGCCCCGUGGCUGCUCCUCCGGCUGCUGCAGUAUGCCUAGGUCGCCCACUGGUGCCUUCCCAGGAGAAAGCUCAAAAAAUACCGAUACAUACUCAGGCGGCUGCUGCAGUAAAUCCGCGCUUCCAACCUGCGGCGUCACCGAAGAUAAGGCUAUAGAGGUCAUCCCAAGCACCGCUAUCCCUGACCUCGAACAAGGUAUCACGAGCCAAGAGCAUAUCGUUUUGAGCAUAUCUGGAAUGACCUGCACUGGAUGCGAAACCAAGCUUAAGCGAAAUCUGGGCACACUACAAUCAGUCCACAAUCUUAAAACUAGCUUGGUGCUGUCGCGGGCAGAAUUUGACCUUAAUGUCGGUAUUCAGUCACUUGAUGAAGUGUUUAGGCACUUGGAAAAGACAACCGAGUUCAAAUAUGAAAGGGUCACGGACCGAGGAUCGCGCGUGGACAUUGUCGUCCCUAAUGCUUCCGAAUUUAUCAAGCAAGAUUGGCCUCGUGGUGUGACCGAGGUGACUCUCAUUGAUGAGCGAACCGUGAAUGUCGCUUUUGAUGCCACGAAAAUCGGAGCCAGAAGUCUGCUGCAGCAUGGCUGGGAGAGACCGCUAUGUUUGGCUGCUCCGCGUCCUGAUCCAGCUCUCGCGGCUGGAAGCAAACAUGUGCGGCACAUGGGAUAUAUGACUAUUCUGUCCAUUAUCUUGACGGUACCUGUCCUGGUCCUUGCUUGGGCUCCUCUUCCAGAGAGGGAAAUUGCUUAUGGCUCUGCCUCGUUGGCCCUGGCAACAGUCGUCCAAGUCGUUAUUGCCGGCCCGUUCUAUCCAAAGGCAUUGAAAGCGUUGAUCUUCUCUAGGAUCAUUGAGAUGGACCUGCUCAUUGUGUUGAGUACAACCGCGGCCUAUAUUUUUUCCGUGGUCUCUUUUGGAUACCUUGUUGCCGGCCAGCCACUGGCUACUGGUGAGUUCUUCGAGACAAGCACUUUGCUUGUCACUUUGAUCAUGGUUGGUCGGUAUGUCGCGGCACUUGCUCGCCAGAAGGCCGUCGAAUCCGUCUCGCUCCGGUCACUACAGACGCCUACUGCCAUUCUCGUGAACGAUUCUGGGGUGAAUGAGAAAGAUAUAGAUGUCCGACUCCUUCAGUACGGGGACCUCUUCAAGGUCAUUCCAGACUCUAAGAUCCCAACCGACGGGACAGUUGUCGGAGGAUCAUCUGAGGUCGACGAAUCAAUGAUUACUGGGGAGUCAAUUCCAGUAGACAAAUUUCCUGGAUCUGCCGUUCUCGCAGGAUCCAUAAAUGGCUCUGGGACGCUGAUUGUCAAGUUGACACGGCUUCCUGCUGAUAAUACGAUCUCCAUGAUUGCGAACAUGGUCGAUCAAGCCAAGCUGUCCAAGCCAAAGAUGCAAGAUAUCGCGGACCGAGUGGCGAGCUACUUUGUACCUGUUGUGGUUACUCUAACAAUCAUCACGUUUGUUAUUUGGAUUGCUGUAGGUAUCGCAGUGCGAAACCAGUCUGGAUCCCGAGCCACCACUGAAGCAAUAACCUAUGCUAUUACUGUACUCAUUGUCUCGUGCCCUUGCGCUAUCGGCUUGGCGGUACCCAUGGUUAUUGUUAUAGCCAGUGGUGUUGCUGCUGAGCGAGGCGUUAUCAUUAAGACUGCUGACAGUAUCGAGGUCGCCUACAAGGCUUCCCAUGUUGUAUUCGACAAGACCGGCACUCUCACCCGAGGCAAACUCACGGUUGCAGCUGAGCAUAUAGACAACACGAACGAUUCCAUGUCCCUACUCCUCGGUCUAAUUGGGAGCAACAAGCACCCAAUUUCUGCUGCGGUGGCCGCACACCUUAAAGCGAGAGGCAUAUCAGCGUCUACCGUCACUAAUACAAAAGUACUAACUGGCAACGGUGUAGAAGGCUCUGCAUCAGGCCUUACACUACGAGCGGGAAACUCACGGUGGCUCAACGUCUUGUCUAAUCCGCAAGUCCAAUCCGUCCUUGAACAAGGGUAUACAGCAUUCUGCUUCACAGUCAACGACACCCUCGCCGCCGUCUUUGGCUUAGAAGACUCACUCCGCCCGGACGCCCUUGAAACUGUCACUAGACUGCAGGAGCGUGGUAUAUUAGUUCACCUCCUCUCAGGUGAUGAUGACACCCCCGUACGCUCUAUCGCAAGACAACUCAGCAUCCCAGCUCAAAACAUCCGCUCCCGCUGCACCCCAGCUGACAAGCAGGCCUACAUCCAAGCCCUCGGACCCUCACCCCAUCAACAGCCACGCAUGAAAACACCAGCAACCAUAUUCAUAGGUGACGGAACAAACGACGCCAUCGCCCUCGCCUCCUCCACAAUCGGUGUACACAUGAACCAGGAAACAGGGAGUGACGUUGCCAAAUCCGCCGCAGAUGUUGUGCUCAUGCGGCCCAGCCUGCUCGGCCUUCUGACGAUGAUCAACAUCAGCGAGAAAGCGGUCAGGAGGAUCAAGUUUAAUUUCGGGUGGAGCUUUGUUUAUAACCUGUUCGCGGUGCUGCUCGGGGCUGGCGCCUUUGUGGAUGCGAGGAUUCCGCCGAAAUUUGCGGGCUUGGGCGAGUUGGUUAGUGUUUUGCCUGUUGUUGUUGCAGCGGUGCUUUUGAGGUGGUCUAGGGUUUAA